UUCAGAAGAGUGGCCCAGAUGUUCCUCCUGUUGACACACUCGGGACUGACGUAACUUCCAUUGGGGAAGUCAGAGAACUGGGGAUAUUUCUGAGCAGAGUGUGAGUUCUCGCACUUUUGGGAGUUCAUUCUGAGCUGUCCUUCCCCUGGGCUGGUGCACACCGGACUUAAUCCCCUGUUGGACUGGGUGGGUGGGUGCCGCUUGCGAAGCCAAGCGCCUUGCUCGGACUGUCAGACACACCGGGGCUGAGUGAGAGGCCCAAAAGGCGACACCUGUAGGGUCCCGGGCCAGAGUGCAGUGUUAAUCAGCUCCAGGCAUUGCUGCCCUGCUUGUCACUCCCAGGACUCGUGCUCCUACUGAUGCCCGGGAUGGAGGAUUGGAACAGACAGAUGACGGGGCUGAGAUUCACCCUGCUGUCCCUAUGCACUGCAAUCGGCAUCCAAGCAGACUUCCACACCUUUCAGCAACUCUUCAUCUACUACAAGGACCUCCCUGGCGUGCCGGAAUUCUCGGUGGUCGGAAUGCUGGAUGACCUACCGACACAGUACUACGACAGCUCCCUGAGAAAGGCUGAGCCCAGGCAGCAGUGGAUGGCUGACUGUUUUGCGGAUGACUACUGGCAGGAGCAGACCAGGACCGCAGACGCUCUUCACAUGAUUCUCGUCAGCAGCCUUAGUCCAUUCCUCAACAGCUUUCGUAUCACAUACAUACUGGGGAUCUGGAGCUGUGUGCUACAAAACAACAAGAAUGCCAACAAGACCGGCCUUGUAAAGAUGAAAAAUAGUUAUGGAGAGAUUCAAUGUGAAAUAACCACCAUGCGUUGCAGUGGAAUAGGUUUAUUAGCUUUACUGAAUAAAGAAUUUGAAAGCAUCCUCAACCAAAAUAUCGCUUUGGUCCAGAAACUGAACACCAACUGUGUCCAAAAUCUUCAGUCAAAUCUUCAAGCUGGUAAAGCAGCCCUGGAACGAAAAGUUGCCCCUGAGGUGCUGGUUUUCAGUAAGACGUCCACUGAUGGCUCCACAUCUCUCCUUUGUCUUGUCACUGCCUUCUAUCCCCGUGCUAUCAAUGCCACCUGGCUGCGGAACGGAGACCCCGUAUUGGAUGCCCUUACAGUGACCGUUCUGCCAAACUACAAUGCAACAUACAGAAUGGAGAUCCUCGUAGACAUUGAGGACAAUAACCCAAAGAGCUACUUCUGUAAAGUUCAACAUAGCAGCCUGCCCAAGACACUGACAGUGCAGUCGGGUGUCGAAGGGGUGAGUGAGACCAUUCAUUCUGGCCCAGUCCUCGGCCUCUUGCUGGCAAUAAUGGGAAGAGUGAUCUAGGGACCCAGAGCAGCUAAGAUGGAGGAUAAGGUAUAAGCACAGGCAAACUUUAAUCUCUCAACCAAUCCAAGAGUCUCACCAACUGCCCAGAUGGAGACUCUCUCUCUCUGUUCUACUGACAAAUGACUGAACAGCUUCACCGUUGCCUCUAACAUAAUAACUGCUCGGAGAUGGACCUUUUGCCGAUUUGCAUUGCCUCAUUUUGUUUUUUCUAACUGACUUUUCAAUGUUUUGUCAGCUUCCAUUCUGAACUUGGGUUCAACACACUGCCCUUGACCUUUGAACCCUGGGUCCUGUGCAGUGUCUUGUCCUUUGAACCCUGACUUACCGAUCAGCACCUUGACCUUUGAACCCCAGGGAUCCCAAAAUCCCGUUCAGACGCUCUGGAGCACCAUUCAUUGCUUAUAGGAGAUAGGUUAGAGCCUGUCCUCAGUCUAAUUCCAAGCCUCUCCCAAGAAAUGAAACAAAAUGUCCGGCCAGUGCCGUGGAGGGCUGGGCCUAAGCAUGUUGACAGGACAGCGAACGUCACUGGGCAGCUGGCAGUGCCUUGCCCCCACGGUAAGAAUGCGAGAUGCCGAGCUUGGAUAGUGAGGGAGCUGUUGUGUUUCGACACCAUAAACUAUAAUAGAAACCCCUGGCAGGCUAGGGGAGAGGAGAGCCGCGCCGCACUGUACAUUUCAUUCAAAAUGUGACCGGUAGCCCCUGGAUACUGGGACAACCAUUCAUCCAAUCGGGUGGCGCAGAUUUCACCAAUCAGAGCACCCGCCAGUGAGCAACACCGGAAUAAUUCACCAUGGAGGGAUAUGCAAACCAUUAGUCGCUGGGUAGAACAGAGCUUGAUUAUUGCUGAGAAAAGAGACAAGCUGUCUAAGCUUUUCGACUUGCACUCAUCAGGACAGACUUGCAAGAAUACCAGAUCGAAAGGGAAAGUGCAGGGUGAGAAGCUGGGACGGCCUGUCUCUAUUCUCAGCGAUAUACAAACUCUUUAAUUCAUAGACUACUGUUAACAAACAUGGACAGUAGCGUAAUCAAUAUAGAAGCAAUUUAUUGUAGAUGCUGGAUAUCUGAAAUGGAAACAGAAAAAUCCUGGAAAUACUCGGUGAAGAAGGUUUGCUUCAGGUCAGUUCAACAGAAGGUUAAUCACAUCUGCGGCAUUUGCAAACUCUCUCAAUCCCUGGAUUUAUUUUAACUGGAAAUGAUAGAUAUUUUGAAUCUUUAUUUUGAAACGUCCUGUGUGAUGGUUUUUAAUUCCUUGAUGUUAAAGCAUGUAGCGAAAGCAGGUCAUCCUGUGGGAUUACAAAGGCCCUAUUGCCAUAUGCUGAGUUAGAUCUGUGAGGGUUUAACAUGGGGAAGGGUCUCACCGGUCAGGCUGGAGCGAGUGCAGGUUGAGGGUCACUGCUAUGACCUUUACUUAAGGCAUUCAUACACCUGACUGAGGGGCUGCUGUGUGUGUACAGCUGCUGGGGGUCAACUGAUGGGUCGGUACAAGUGUGAUAUACAGCAUGCUCAAGACUGACUCUUCACCUCUGGGAUCUGGACUCCAAUUCAGAUCAUGCUGAAAAGUUGAAACUCACCCUCUCUGGCUUGUCAGGCUCUGAAGACUCUGUGGAACCUGCAUUCAACUCCACUUCCUCAGGGAGAACUGGAAGCUUUACUCUGUGGCUAACUAUGCACUAACUGACCAUUAGCUUGAAGCUAAUGCUGAAAGCCUAAAAUAGGGAGAGCGCUAUUGUCCAUCUCCAUUCCCCCUCCUUUGAACGGGAUACAGAGGGAACAAUACCUGGUGUAUUUAGCAGACUGUGUACAAUCCCCAUGCUUGUGGGGCUGUAUUAUGUGAUUCUGUGAGAUCAGAAAUGUUUCCAUUCUACAGACUCCAGGUGUGGGCUGUUGAAGCAGAAUAAAAUGAUUGUUGCGAAUCAA